AUGUCGACUCUUCAAGUCUCAAAUCUUUUCCACGUCAAUGGGUUGGUGGCCGUUAUCACGGGAGGUGGUACUGCACAGAAUGGAGCCGCCAAGGUCUACAUCAUUGGGCGUCGAGAAGACAAGCUCAAAGAAGCGGCUGCUCUUUACCCCGGAAUCAUCAUUCCCCUCCCUGGCGAUGUUUGUGAUCAAGCCGCCCUGAAGACUAUCGCGGAGCGUGUCAGAGCCGAAGUGGGUUACAUUAACCUAUUGGUGGCAAAUGCAGGAAAAUCAGGCCCCAUGCUGGAGAGUCUUAAGCCACGGUACACUCUGUCGGACUUUGUCAAUCUGGCAUGGUCCUCUCCUAUGGCUGACUUCAAUGACGUCUACGGACUCAACUGCACGGCUCUAUACUAUACUAUCAUUGCAUUCCUCGAGCUCUUGGAUGCCGGCAACAAGAAAGGGAAUUACAGUGGUGGCAAGAGCCAGGUCAUUGCAACGGCAUCCACAGCAAGCUUUUUGCGCAACCCCCGAGCUGGAUUCGCCUACCUUAGCAGUAAAGCUGCCGUGAUAAGCUUGGUAAAAUGUUUCUCGACAUUCUGCAUUCCCUGGGGUAUCCGGUUCAAUGCUAUUGCAGCAGGAUUAUUCCCCUCAGAGUCGUCUGAAAUCCUGUUCAAACAGUACAUUAUUGACAAGACCAAGACCUUGUUUCAGGAGGGUGUAUUCUCCAGGGCGUAUCAGCCUGCAGAGCGUGCCGGAUCAGAGGAGGAUAUGGGUGGUUUGAUGCUAUACAUGUCGAGCCGCGCUGGUGCUUUCUUGAACGGUAGCAUUAUGGUCGUAGACGGAGGCAAGCUUGCAACCAUGCCCGCAACGUACUAA